AUGAACCAGAAGCCUUCAGUGGGCUCACCUGAGUGGCACCAGAUUCGCAAGAACAAUCACAAAGAAGCCUCUGCUAACGCAUCCAUAGUGGAACGUCGACGUCGCGAGGCAAUCAACGAAGGUAUCAACCAGAUUGCUCGCUUGGUGCCGAACUGCGACAAGAACAAGGGCGCCAUUCUGCAGCGCGCAAUCGAGUAUAUCUGUCAGCUACACGAGGAGAAGAAGGCCAUGAGCGACCGGUGGGAGCAGAACAACAUGACCACGACCCAUGCGAUCAACGAAAUCAGCUCUCAAAACUCCAAGCUCAAGGCCGAGGUCAACCGUCGGGGCGAUAUCGCGUUGAAAUGGCUACAACGGUGUCGCGACGCGGGACUGGAGUUCGACGACUACGACGAGUCGAAGGAGCUGGAGCCCCUCGAGGUGGACCAAAGUCAGGUCUAA